AUGCUCCGUCAAUUGGCAGACGGGAUUAGUAUCUUGGACAACGGUAACAUCAAUUCUUAUGGAUCCCGGGUUAGAAUUAUCCACUCGACCAAGAACCAGGGGGCCUGGACGAUUGGAACGCGUUGGAUUCUCCGGGACCAGCCAAACGAUCGCUUCCUCGGUAAUAACUACAUCACUCUGAAGUUUCUCCACCAGCAACCAGACUUGGACAUUCCCAUCCCCAAGGAAGUCCGGAGCUUAAGCCAGCCGACAGAUCCAAUCUAUUUCACCUUGGAGUCGCGGGUGCUGGGCGAUUCACUCCGCGACACCUGGGCCGAGGCCUCCCCGGAAGAGAAAGCCAGUUAUAGCCGCCAACUGGCUGAGAUUCUACGGAAAUUGCGGCGGUUUACAGCACCCAGGCCGCACAAGGUUGAUGGCAGCCAACUCGACGAUUUCAUCAUCGCCACAUGUUUGACGAGCGGUCCCGGGACCUGUUUCAAGAUUCCAUAUAACGUUGACGAAUGGCUAGACGGCAUUGGCGCCGACCUUCGGAUGGGCCUGGCACGGGAUUAUGACACCGCGGACCAGGCUUUCAUCGAACAGGAAUUCCAAGAACUCAAAGACGGAUUCCCCACUUGCAGCCCAUUCGUCCUCACCCAUGCAGAUCUCAAUCUCACCAAUAUCAUUGUCAAGGAUGGCAAAAUUCAAGGUAUCAUCGACUGGGAACGCGCGGGAUAUUAUCCCUGGUGGAUGGAGCGGCUGGCCAUGGAACGACUGGGCGAUGACUCCAUCGACGAGUUGUUCAAGCCGAUCUGGGAAGAGCUCAUGCCAGAAGUCAGUGACCGGGCAUGGCGCCGCGUGGCUAACAACCUGGACUGCAUGAGGAGCACCUAUUCACAAUUCGAUCAUGAGCACCCCGGCAAGAACAAGACGUGGCACAGGCCUCCUUUCUGCAAGUGCACCCAUGACGCGGUCGGGAUAUUCAAAAUGAUGCAUUGGGGAGGCCAAGUUUCUUGUAAAAUCACUGAACCCGGAUCGGAGGAACAAAAAACUCUUCUUGAAGUGUACAAGAGACCGGAUCCAUGGGCAUGCGAGGCGCCGGCGAGGGGAGAAGACGAGCCGCAGCCAGAGACGAAAUGA